CCGAUUGCAUACAACCGGCACAUCGUGGUGGUUUCACGAAGAAUGGGGGCCGGUGCCAGCGUCGAUGUGGUGACCAAGGAGCAGUGCCAGUCACUCUAUGGGGACCUCUUCGACGAGGGGGAAUGGAACAAGGCCGCUGUCGACGGCGUCGUGACCCGCGACAAGCUCCAUGCGGUCUUCUUGGAGCUCACGGACGUGUUCCUGACCCACGAUUGGGGCAUGGAUGGAACAACUCACAAAAACGUGAGUGCUGUCAACACACUUCUCAAAGCUCGAGGCAUCACAACGUGGUUUGACGAAGAAAAGAUGGAGGGCAAUGUGAAGAAGCAGAUGAUCCACGGGAUCGACCACGCCCGCGCAAUUGUCGUGUUCGUGACGCAGCGCUACAUCGACAAAGUCGGGGGCAACAACGCCGAAGACAAUUGCCAACUCGAGUUUAACUACGCCGCACGGCGCAAGACCGCGUCCAAAAUGAUCCCGGUACUGAUUGAUCCGAGCCCAGCAUUGAAGAACACAGGCAACUGGACGGGCGAAGUGGGAUUUGUGUUGGGCGGGCAUUUAUACCUCGACUUGAGCUCGGCGUUUGGCAACGACCAGCUGCUGGCAUCAAAGGUCGACGAGCUUGUGGCCAAGAUCGUCAGUGUCGCUGGCGCACCUCUCGCCGAGAGAAUUCAAUCUGUUGCCCAACAUGACGUGAUGGCCGCUCCUCCCUUGGGCGUUGCGACCACUGGGGCAGGCGACCCAUCCCCCCGGGCAUCGACAAUUAGCACCGUUGCCUUGGCGACUUUGACGCAUCACCAAGUUGGGGCAUUGCUCAACAAUUUGACGUGUUCAAAGUACAGUGCUGCGUUUGUGGAGAAUGAGAUCACGGGCGAAGUUUUGUGUGGUGUGGCAAGUGCCGACGAGGUCAAAGAGAUGGGCGUGGCCUUGGCGCCCAAGGCGCGCAUGUUGUUUGAUAAGAUUACUGAAUUCAAGGCGUCUGGAGUGCCGUCGCAGCUCCUUCAGGCCAAGGAAGCGACCCCUACGAAUGCGGUCUCCCCCAGAACUCUUACAACGACGCAAGAGACGUUUGAAGAGAUUAAGGCAGCGCUCCUGCCGCCAACGUGGGCUCAACUAUACAAGUACCAGCUCGAAACGAGCGGCGCCAACCAACUCUCGAACCACAAACUGACGUGGCCGACACCCGCAUGCAGCAUGUCCGUGCUGGGGGGAUUGUUCUCGAACGGCGACUAUGCCGACCUGAUGAAGAACAACUGGGAGGUCCAUCGCCUCGAGCCGUUGGCGAGUCGUUUGGACAAACGGGAGUUCCUCCUGUCGUUCAAAAUGAAGGUAGUCCGCGGCGACGCGACGCCAAUCUGCGCCGGGUACAACCCGUGGUUUGCCAUCGACAUCAGCUCCGACAUGUGCCUCAUCAUUCAAUGCAAUCGAGAAGUCGACAGCUUCGUCGUUCAGCUCCACGGACACCCAUGGCAAGUGCCAAAGGAGACGUGGCUCGACGUUGCUGUCCUCGUCGAUGUACCGCAUGCUCUGAUCCAGGUCGUGGUCAACACUGAGCGAAUGGAUCCGAUUUCGUUACCGCCGCAAUUCGACUUUACGGCCGACAGCCCCACCCACGGCAACGAAUUUUCCCUCACCCGACUUGACACCAUGACGAACCUCUUCCACGGCAACUUGCGCAAAAUCGAGUUGUACUCGACCGUGCCGUGUAUGAGGCCGCAACCUGUCGUCGGUCACCCGGACGGAUUCCCCGACUGCCGUGCAACCCACCUCGGGAUGGUCCACGGGUGUGUGGUCGAGUGGAAGAUGAAUGCCCUUUGCGACUACCGCGACAUGAAGACGAGCGUUGUCGACAGCGUGGAGGGGAAAGAGAUGGCUGUCCCCAAGGGCAGCUUCAUCCAUCCAGAACUCGGGACGUACUUUGACGGCGACUACUACAGCGAAGCAUUCCACCAGGCCAACUUGACCCGCGCCGGCAACUGCUUCAAUCGGCGCCUGAACAACUACGCGUUUCUCGUUACGAUGCGGUUUGCCUCGAUGGGCCCGUGCUAUCUGAUGACGCUCGGCAUCAGCCAUCGCUACUUCGUCGUCAAGAUCACAGAGGACGGGUCGUUGGUCGUGCUGUUGAAUUGCCAUAGCGAAAUGCACACUAUUCAAGAUGGGGGCGGCGACGUCAAGCUCCCGCACAAGACGUGGCACGAUCUGGCAGUCGGGGUGUACGACAAUGCCAUCGUUGUCGUCGCAGACGGACGAGCGAUGGAUCGCAUCGUGCUGUCCGGGGACUUUAAAUUUUCUCCGUUACCUGGGGAAGACACAGAGCUGCUCUUGGUCAACUAUGGAUGUGGCGGAUGCUUUCACGGAUUCCUAGAAUCCCUUGCGCUAUGGUCGACGGGCUGCCCCGAGGAGGGCUAGAAGGCGCUGUCGCGAGUUGGAGCAACGUAGUUGGACUUGGCGUAAUUUCUAACGCCGUCGUACUUGC